GAUGGCGUCAGAGAUCGGUCACUCAAUUCGUGGCCGUCACAAACAAGAGCAAUUAACUGAUAAUCCUGUCGUAUCUAAUAUUCCUGCAAAGUAAUGAUUGAAAAACUAACCUCAAAAUCUAUUUUUUCACAUUUGUCUGAUCCAGGAUUGUCUGCUGUUACGUGGAACAAUUACUGAGGGUUUAUUCUAUUCCGUAAAAUCCACAAUUUGGACCACCCGCCCCUCCGUAAACGAAACAAAAAUGGCGCUAGUCUAGGGUCGCCAACGUAAACUACGUGUUGGCACACCUGAUCUGACUUGUUUGGCAUUUAUCUAUUAUUUAUUCAGAAGAGUCGAUGAGUGUUCACUGAUGCAUUUGGAGAUUUUGGAGUGCAGCGUCGCAUUAGAAAGUAAUCAAUCAAAAAUCAAAGGAAUACGAUAUCGACAGACAAUUCCUCGGAGGAGGUUAGGGUUAAAGUAGACGCUACGGUUGAUUCUAGUGGGUCGCAGUCAUCCCAUGCAUUCUUCCAGGUUCAGAGACUGAAGACCAAACUCUUGUUUGUGAAAGUUGCCUAAGGGUCGUCUUUCAGAGUGGUCACGUGACCCAAUUGAUUUUUUUCUAAUUACGGUCAACAUAAUUUUUUGAUUGUUGUGAAAUUUAAUUUUCCACAAGUGGGAGUUCCAACUGCAUGUUGGAACUUGUAUUUCAUAGAAAUAAAAAAAAUAUUUUGUUUGUGUUGAGGACAAGUAAAUGUCACUAGGACCUUCGAGAAAUUUCUCCUUAAUUUCAAAAUUUGUAAUGAGAUUCGAUGCGCGGAGCUUGUUGACUAGCCAUCGCUCGAGGGCCUCGGGCCUUACACAUAAUUACUCUGUUGUGAUUACGGAACAGAAAAUGAAAAAGAAUACGAGAAUAUAGAUAAGUAGAUGUGAAAUAAUUCAUAGUACUUCAUAGUUAUUUUAUCAUGAAACAGGCAGUGAAAUCACCAUCAGAUUAAACAUUGCAUAUGAAGUUUUUUUGUUAUCAGACAAUAAUCUAGAAAAUGGGCAAUAACUUGGACCUUAAUAGUAUAAAUAUUCAGAUCUGUUAAAUAAUCAUCCAGAGACGAAGAAAACAGGAAUUUAUCUAGAUGAAUUUUUAGAAUGCGUUUUCUCCUGUAAUUAUUAUUUUCUAAUUAUACAACUACCUCUGGAGUCAGCAAAACAAUGAUCCCGUCGAUAAUGUCGUGUCAUAGGCGAGUAUUAAUUAGUGUACGAGAAAACACAACGAUAAGAGUUGGUUCAUGUCGUCAAUAUGUUUUUAUCGUCAGCUGUAUCGAUAAACGAUAGACAACGGAAUAAAAAUGGCAUACAGUGAGUCAGAGCCGCAGACGGCACCAUAUGGAUAUGAAACAACAUAUCCAUACACAACAUCAUCUAGUGGACAACCAAUAACACAGCCACUGCCAGGCCAGCCGCCCUUACCCCCAAUGCCACCCCCAGGAUCAUUUGCACCAAUGCCAAUGUUUUCCACGAUGCCCCAAGUCCCCCAACUCCAGACAUGGGGGCAAGCACACCCCUGGCAGUGGAUAACACCCCAGGCAGCAGCUCCAAUACCAACUCAACCCGCCCGCGACAUAAAUAAUGCGUUGAAACAAACUCAAGGGAAUUAUGCUCGUCGAGACAGAUUCAAUCACAAUCGGAACAAUGUUUAUGCACAAAGGGGUCACUUCAAUAGAAAUGAGAGGAGAAGAUUCAGGCAUCAACAACAACCUGGGCAAUUUGAUCCGGCAAUGGGGCCUUAUUGGCAAGGAAUCGACUGGCAGAGGGCGAAUUUCGGUGCAACACAGGGCGAUGGGGUCGUUAAUCAAAUUCAAGUCAACAGUCCAUCGGCUGCUGGUAGUGCUGAUAAAUCAGACGCUGGUGAUCAAAAAGUGAAGAUUGUAUCGGAAGAACCUGUAAAAAAAAAUAAACCACGGAAGCCAAUGUCCCAAACGUAUCCGAUCCGAAAUUGGAAUUUAGAGGAUGCAGUGAGUGCAUUGAAAGUAGAAAAUAAGUACAAUCGAACCGUUCGAGCUCAAAGUCUGAUAAUAAAAUUCCCCGAUCCCGAUCUUAACAAGGACAUUGUGAAAGAAUUCCAUUCAGGCAUCGAAAAUAUUCACUUCCAAAGUCCCAGUGGGCCACGAUAUUGUUUCGUUCAAAUGGCUGAAAAUGUAGAUAUAGACAAAGCUAUUGAGGAUCUGGAGAAAAUACCAUUUGGUGUUGGACACUUAAAAGUGGAGAGAAAAUCCCUGAGGGACGAGGAUUAUCCACAACCAGAGGAAAUUGACCCCUACACACUUUACGUCGGCAAUCUCCCGGAGUCAGUAAAUGUCAAUGAGGUGAAGAAUAAAUUCCCUACGGCGACGAGAGUUGAUGUUGGAUAUGCCCAAAAAAUGAGAAAUACACGUUACGCAUUUAUUCGAUAUGCGAAUGUCGAGGAUUCGAUAGCAGCUUACAAAGUCGCGCACAAUCUCAUGUGGGAUACCAGGAGUAUUAUCGUCAGGUUCCGACGACAACGGGGCAACACUUGUUUACCUGGGGAAACUAAAAAUAAUUCGAAAAAAGUCAAGGACGAAGUGGAAGCGAAUUCUCGAGUUAAAAAAGAAACGGCGGUGUGUAACGGAACUGAGGGGAAGAGUAAGGGUGAGACGAUUCCGAGGAAAAAGGGCUCGAUACAGAGGGAUAAAACGUCGGUUGCACCUACUGCCAUUAUACAGCAAAAUCAACCAUGGACAUCAAAGUCGCCACCACAGGCGUCCGAGGCUGCGGAGCCUCCACCUCCUAAAGAUUCCACUGAUCACCCCGAAGAAGAAAUUGGAACAUUAACGGCGAUAAAAGAAGAACCUCAGGAUUACGAUGAGUUGGAUAUGACAUACAUUCCCAUGGGAGAUGACGAUUCUGACGAUGAAAAUGAUGAACCCGACGAGAUAAAUUUUACCAACGAUGAGAUGGAUGAGUACGACGAUAAUGACCAGGAUGAUAAUGAUGAUUCUGAUAAUUUAACUGAUUUUCCAAUAAAAGAUAAACAGGAUGAUGAGACGAAUUCCGAUGCUUCUGAUCAUUUGGAUCGCAUGUUUAGUGCCAUAACAAAUACAGCUGGAGAUAUUGAACUAUAAUUCAACAGUGCCGAACUACUGGACUUCCACCAUUGAUACGAAUGAAAAUUGUAAAUAUUAAAACUUUGUAAAACGCUUCUUCUACGUGACAGCUAAAUAAUUAAUUUCUAUCUGUCUCGUUAUCAUUAACCACACAUACAGUGAUACUUCUUGGGCAUUAAUUUAUAGAUUUAUGGUAUUGAUUUUAAUUAUAAAUUCCAACGGCCCAUUGGAGAAAUGCGUGAUAUGUGUAAUUUUAAUGAUUGUACAUUAAAAACUGAUUUUUUCUCAA